AAGAUUUUUAAACUACAAAAUGUCAAUAUUUUCAAUAAAAACAAAUUCGAAAUCUUCGAAAUCGAAAUUAGUUUAGUUCAUUUAAAUUGUUUUCCAAAUAUAUCAAAAAAAUUCUAAAAACAUCCUUCGAACCCAAUGCAGCUAUCCCUUAGGAACGCUGGACAAAAUGGAAUCUCCUCGCCCUUUCGACCAAUUGCCAAACACACCUAGUGAGGAAUAUGAGCCGUAUGUCGAGCAACAUCUUUUUAAAAUUUAUCUUACAUUAUGUGGAGUUUCGGUAGCAGCAGCCAUUGGCUGUAUACUUUUUAUGGAGAAUCAAUUGAAUAUGGGACUGUUUUCAGCUAUGGCUGCCGGUAUUGCUUUAAUGAUUUCGUAUUGCGAGAAUGGUUAUUACACUCGACUUUCUAUGCUCUAUGCCUUUGGAUUUUGUGCUGGACAAACUAUGGGACCUCUCUUGAGAUAUACUGCCAUCGUUGAUCCCUCGAUAAUAGUGAACGCAUUUGGUGGUGUUGCAGUAACCUUUGCUGCAUUAUCAAUAACCUCUUUGGCAGCUGGUCGCCUGAGAGUUCUAUUUUGGGUCUCCGUGUUGAUUUGUGUGAAUAACAUCAUCAGCCUUUUUAAUGAAAUAUUUGGCUUUCAUCCUUCCAUGUGGAUGCAAGUUAGUCAAAUGUUUUCCCGAAUCUUAAUCACAGCUGGAUCUGUUUUGCUAUACACUCAAAAUAUUGUGGACGAUGUACGUCUAGGAUAUGAGGAUGUCGUACAACAUUCACUGGAUCUGUUCUUUUAUGUUUUGAUUUUGUUCAGAAGCUUUUUGAUAAUCAAAGCAUACGGUUUUAAGUGAAUAAAGUAUGGCAGUAAAUGCCUGCCACAAGCUGU